UUGAUGGUUAUGGUUUAUGUGGAUACAUAUUUAAAGUAAAAUGUUGGAUCAUUGUGGAGACAAGGGACGUCAAAAUCAUCCCGAAAACUGACCCGGCACUCGACGAGUCGGCCGAAAGCGUCCAGAGCCCUAAUGCACUGCACUGCCAUUCUCUCUGCUCCCUCCGGUCGUCGGACGCUUGGCCCUCACGCUCCCUUCAAUUCCGUGCCUACCGUCCCAUCUGCCCCGUCCCCUGUUUCUUCCCUGGCGAUUCUGUCCGUCUGCCAGAUUUCUACCGCGCACGCCAUCGAUCGAUCGAAGCAGCCUCCGAUCCUGGCGAUCGUUCCUCGGGCCGUCGGGGGCUUGGUCGGGGCAAUUAUCCAUGUUCUGGAUCCGUCGAGGUUUGCGGGAUCGAGGAGUCAGGCCUGGUGACAGUGGCGAAGAAGCGCCAGUUUCGGUAGUCGGUCGCGAGGUUUAGAGGCCCGGCGGAAUGGAGUCUUGAGGCCGAUCGAUGGAGCUCGUGAGGUAUUGAUUGACUGGCGUGCGGGCUGAUCGGUAGCGGCGGAUUUGCUCCUUGUGUUCGGAUUUGCUCCCAGGGCGGCAGCAAAGAUGGAAUCCGCAGCGGCAGCGGCAGCGUACAUGGAUGAAGUUCUUGCAUUGUUCGAGAAUGUCACUUACUCUGUCCGGAAGCAGUGGAAGCACAUGGCCGGGCAGGGCAGCUUCUGGGAGCCUAUUCUCGCCUUCAUCCAUGCUGUCGAUUGGACCGAACCGUGGUUGAUAGGCCUGAUGUGUACGCACGUCGUGCUUUUGAUGCUGGCCGUGCUGACUCGAAGAAAUAACAAAGCUCAAAUGAUUUUGUUCUUCUCCGCCCUCGUGUGUGUCUACUUCGCAGAGAAACUGAACAGCAUUCUCGAUCGCCAUUGGAAGAGCUUUGCUCGACAGCCGUACUUCGACCGUCAUGGAGUGUUUCUCUCGACGGUCUGGUCUGUGCCACUUCUUUUGAUGUCGACCCUGAUCCUGGUCAACAGCCUUCUCACACUUUCCAAGCUUUUAGUGAAGUGGAAGACAGCGGAACUCAAACACAGAGCGCGGUUGGCUCGGGAGAAGAAAGAGUAGGUAGGAGCAAUCGAAGGCGUUCCCUUGCGGAUGCUGUACGUGAUUGUGCAACAAGUUUCACUUCAUUGAGGGUGAGGAAGAACUCAGUAGACAUCUACCGAAGAGCGUAUCCGACGUCUCUGAUUUGAGGACGACCAUUCACUUGUUGUCCUCCUGUGCUUUGCAUUAGCUGCACCCUCAUACCGGCAUUUGGAUCAUCUCCAAGAAAUUGCCAUGGUCAUUUGUAAGAUUCAACCCAUCAGCCAUGUACCGUAAUGAGAAUUAUAUAUACACUACAUCUAUGCUUCCAUCGCCUCCUCUGAUUUGCACCAAUGUCAAAUUCCCAAAGCCGAACUGCCGUUGACAUGGAAGAUUACACACUUGCGCGCUGGCCACAUCUUUCAGGAACUGACUGCACUAUCUUCUGGCUUCCGGCAUAGUCAAUAUUGCAUGUAGAUUUUCUGGGAGACUUAGACCUGACAUGCUCGGGGUAGGCUGUGUCUCCUUGCAAUCGUGUUACCACAUGGUUAUUGUUUUCUUUUCGGAGCUCUUAGGUACAACACGACGGUGAGAAGUCGCUGCCAAGCUCGAGUAGUAGUUGUCAUGAUUCGAAGGGGCACUUCGCUGAGAGAAGUCAGUCACCUUCAGAACGGUGGGCAUGAACUGCACACGCAGCCCGAGGCCGUAGGCAGCAUUCUUCGUGAACCUGAAUGUCUAUCUCGUCGUCUCAUUUUUUUCUAAUGUGAAGGUUGUAAUAUGACCUCGGAUAAUCAGGGGCUGAAAUAUCAGCGUACACAAUGUUAAGAAGGGACAAAACCAACAGUGACAAUAUAUUCACUUGCGAUCAUGUAUACAACAAGAUGGAG